AUGGCCGCCGACGAUUCCGUGUCGCAGUCGCAACUCUCGACCUCCGCAUCGUCCCUUUCGCCUUCGAAGAUCUGCUCAAAAACCUACAAGAAAGCUUCUCAGCUCUAUUUAACUCGUCGGCUACAAGAAACGCUUACCACUCUUGAACCCAUCCUCACAACCAGUCAGACAAAUGACGACCAAUAUGCCAACGGUAACGAGUCACUACCGCCGAUUGCUAUGGCUCAAGCUUCGGUGAGGAUCAAAGUUUGGAAUCUAUACAUCACACUGCUGAGCGCCAUACUUGAUCUUGGACCCGAGGAAGGGAAAGCAACGUUCGGCCAGAAAGAGUGGAAGGCUAUCUCCACCAAAGUGCGCGAAGGCGAAAUCUGGGAGACAGUUGUUCAGACGGGUUAUAAAGGCCGCGAGGGCUCAGUCGAUGCGGAAGUCGUAUAUAAUUUAGCGACAUUGCUACUGAACCAUUCUCCCUCCCAGAAGCUCAAUCAGCAGCGACUCGAGCACUACCUAUCAUCAUAUGGUCAACCAAAUCUGGACAUUGCCGAGCAUAUGCAGAACUCUCCCAGUCAACAAUCUAAGGCGCGAGUUAAUGGCGGCACCGACACGCCGAGGGAUCUGACCUCUCGAGUUAGGAUAAUUGAGCUUUUCACCCUCCAUGUUCUUCCUAGGAACGAAGAAUGGGACUAUGCAAGUGAAUUCAUCAACUUUAGUGAGGUCCUCGAUGAAGAGCGAAAAGAGAUGUUCUUGCAAACUCUCGACGGGCUCAAGGAAGAGAGGGAGCAGGGCGAACUGCGCGCUGCAGCCCUUCAGCGGGAGAAGGACGCCCAGCUAGAGAGAGAAAUGCAGGAAGCGGAACGCCAAAGAGCAGAGGAAGAGGCCGCUGCUGCUCAGCACUCUCAGAAGGGACAUACCCGCGAUAACAGUGAGGUGGAUUACGGCAUUGAGAAGACCAACCCGAACGGGAGUGUCAAGAGCAGAGGGAAGGGCGAGAAGCAAUCCGGUAGCAAGGCUAAUUCGUCGUCCAAUCGAACCAAUACUCUUUCGCCCACUGGUUCGAAGAAGAGACCGGAGAAGCCUGUAUCCCGGCCCGGACAAACGCGAGCGUUGGCGAACGUAUUACGCAAUCUGUUGCGAUAUAUCUCGAAGACGGUCGCCGGCAACCCGAUGUCAUUCGCCCGGACGCUGUUAUUCUUGCUGGGGCUCUUGGUGGCUCUGAGCAGGCAAGGCGUGCGGGAACGGCUCCGAAGAAUCACCGGAGCUGGAUGGCAGAAAGUCAAGGGAACCGUCGGAAUGGGUGUGAAAGUGAGCUACAUUUAG